AUGACCAACAUACGAGGCGUAGCUGUCGCGAACAAUAUUCGAGACCCAUUCGUACUUGGUGGUGUCGGCGUGACCCGUCCCGACGUAGCGGGCCUGCAUGGCCUCGAGGUUUUGGAGCGAGAGCCCUUAGCCUCGCGGAUAGCGUCUCUGGUGCAUACGCAUUUCGAUGGCUUGCCCAGUCGCAGUAAGCCGACUGUUAGGCCGGAUGGGACGAAGGAGUGGAUUCCCAUGUCGGGAGUGGUUGUUGUAAAGGGAGAGAAUACGCCCGCGGAAAAGUUGACCUGCGUGGCGGUCACAUCCGGGGCAAAAUGUCUUUCUGCAUCCCAAGUCCCCAAUUGCAAAGGCCUCGUGCUACAUGAUUGGCACGCAGAGAUCCUUGCCCUGCGAGCAUUCAACUACUGGCUUCUCUCUGAAUGUCGCAGUAUAUUAACCCAGAAGCGACAGCACAGUUCGUCGUCCUCCGACGGAAGUCAGGAAUCACCUUUCUCACCUUCUUCGCCUUAUCUCCGUUGCAGACAACAAUACCCUCCUUUCGAACUCCAACCAGACCUCACAAUCUACAUGUACUGCACCUGCGCUCCGUGCGGCGACGCCAGCAUGGAGCUCUGCAUGGCAGCGCAAGAGGAUCCCACGCCCUGGGAAGCCAAUCCCGACAAUCCCGACGAAUCCAAACUUUCACUUCUCGACGGACGAGCCCAUUUCUCUCGUCUAGGCAUCGUCCGUCGCAAACCCGCUCGCGCAGACGCCGAAUCCACCCUCAGCAAGUCCUGCUCCGAUAAGCUCGCCCUGCGCCAGAUCUCGUCGCUGCUGUCCUACGAAACGAGCCUUCUCGUGGCGCCCACAGAAACGGCUUAUCUAGCGGGGGUCAUCCUCCCGGAGAACGAGGUCAGCAGCGUCGGCUGCGCUCGCGCAUUCAGUGACAAGGGCCGAAUGAAAGUCCUGAAGGGUCGGUUCUGGCCGCUGCAUAAUAAUAGCCAUAGCUCUCCUAUCCCGGAUCAAGAGAGUUCCGGGUACCGAUUCCGUCCAUUCCGGGUCCUUUCGAUUCCCAUGCAAAAGUAUGCUUCGCUUUGGAGGUAUGCUAAAACCGGUUCCUCUGGGACCGAUGCCCAAGAAAAACGCAAACCGGCGGUUAUCUCUGCGGUUUGGACGGUGGCACCGUCUGGUCCCCCGCCGUCAGUGGUCGAGAACGGGGUGAAAUCGUUACCGGUGCUGCGAAGAUCGAAGACGGGUCUGUACGAGACUCUCAUCAAUGGCGUCAAGCAGGGAAAUCGCGUCUCGACUCCUCUCGCCCGGGGAGCGUCAGCGUUGUCCCGCGCGAAGCUAUGGGAUACCUGGCGGGAGAUCGUUCGGUUGUCCUGCUCGGGGACUGAUGGGGAGGGAAACGGCCUGCAAGGCCGUCAUCCGGCGGCGUUGUCUAUUCCUGAACCAGUCGUCGACGCAGCUUCGUAUCGCGAGUUUAAGAAAAUUCUGCCCGUGGUGGCGCAAGGCAUGGUGGCGCAGGGCGUGGUGGCGCGAAAACGUGCUAUACAGGAGGCGAAGGACGUCUUGGAUGGUUGGAUCUCUAACGCGAGAGAUGAAGAUUGGGGGUUAGAGGUUCUGGUGGAUCCAAAGAAGCGAAAGCGUUGA